UCCACCAAUAGGAAGCUUACAGGAGUUACUGUAGGACAGCCGUGGUCGCAUUGGGAGCUUCAGAAAUGUUUUCUAAACUUUUGAUAGUUGUUUUCCUCGCUGUUAUUUUUCACGGCACGCCGUCAAAUGCACAGAAAAAGAAGGAGGCUCUGUUGUCAGAGAAGGUCACUCAGAUGAUGGAAUGGGCCAGUAAGCGUGCAGUCAUCAGACUGAAUGGAGAGAAGUUCAGGAGGCUGAUCAGAGCUCCUCCACGCAACUACUCCGUCAUCAUCAUGUUCACAGCACUACAGCAACAGAGACAGUGUGCUGUCUGCAGACAGGCGGAUGAGGAAUACCAGAUUCUUGCGAACUCUUGGCGAUAUUCGAGUGCAUUUACUAACAGAAUUUUCUUUGCAAUGGUGGAUUUUGAUGAAGGCUCAGAUGUUUUUCAGAUGCUCAACAUGAACUCGGCUCCAACAUUCAUCAACUUUCCGGCUAAAGGCAAACCCAAACGAGCAGACACGUAUGAGCUGCAGGUUCGAGGCUUUGCAGCUGAGCAGCUCGCUCGAUGGGUGGCUGACCGAACAGAUGUCCAUAUCCGGGUGAUCAGACCUCCUAACUAUGCCGGGCCGUUGAUGUUGGGUUUGCUACUGGCAGUCAUUGGCAGUCUGGCUUACCUGCGCCGCAAUAACCUGGAGUUCCUCUUCAAUAAGAACGUCUGGGCUUUCUCUGCACUGUGUUUUGUUUUGAUCAUGACAUCGGGUCAAAUGUGGAAUCACAUUCGAGGACCUCCAUACGCUCACAAGAAUCCAAACAGUGGCCAAGUGAGUUACAUCCAUGGCAGCAGUCAAGCUCAAUAUGUGGCGGAGACGCACAUAGUCCUGCUGUUCAAUGCGGCGGUGACUUUAGGAAUGGUGCUGCUUCACGAGGCCGCGACCUCUGACCUGGACAUUGGAAAAAGGAAAAUCAUGUGUAUGGCAGGAAUUGGACUGGUGGUGCUGUUCUUCAGUUGGCUGUUGUCCGUCUUUAGGGCCAAAUAUCACGGAUAUCCUUACAGUUUUCUGAUUAGUUAAAUGAAGAUCUUUGGAGGAUCCAUGGCAAAUACUGAUGUUUAAAGUGCCUUGAUGUUAAAAUGAGUGAUUGAUUUGGUAAACAUCUGUUUCACCCUGUAUGUGCCUUUUUUUCUGUUUUUUAUUUUAUUUUUCUAAAUGGUCAAUAACAAGCCCUGAUUACAUUUUAAAGUUUUUCAUGAAAGUUUAUGUUUGAGAAUUCUUUAUCUUGACUGGUAUAGGAUAAGUUUGAAAACACACAGGUUAUAUUGAAGCUGAUAUUGCACUGCUUACUGAUGAGGUUUAAAUUGUAAUCAAAUCAAAUAUAUAAUAUAACAUUUUAUAAAGAAAUCGGUUCAGUUACAAUAAUUAGAUUUGGAGAUGCACAAAGGCAAGCAAGGUAUUUUCAAUUCUACCUCAUAAAUGUGCAUAUCAAGUGUUCCAAAGUCGAAGUUAAGCAGUCUGGUGUGUGAGGUGGUUCAGUGUCAGCUCGAGGGAAAGCUCAGGGUGUGUGUCUUAAACAAGCAGAGCAGUUCUGUGUUUGCUCUUGUUCUGCCUCAGGUGAUGAUGUCUGCCAUUAAAAGUGCCUUGAUUCCUUGUUGCAUUUAAUUUCUUUUGACAUCAGCUAAUUGUAUGUAGACAUUUGAAUCUUUCUCAACGUGUGAGUCAUUCAGUUUUGAAACUGGUGAUUUCAGUCAGAGCUUACUUUUGUUGUUUCCAGCAUAUAUCAGAUGAUCCACAAA